UCAUCGGUUGACUUUUCAAUUUUAGAUCACUUAACUUACGCCUCUUCAGCUUGAAUGUUACGAAAGUUAUAAAAUAUAGUGUUCAUAAAAUAAUUGAUGAAAGAGGAAGAGAUAAAUUCUUCGAGAAAUAUGGAAUCGCACGAGCAGGAUGAAAAUUUUACUAACUUCAGUAUUUCAGAAAUUCUGAAACCGGGGUUUGGAAAUAAACAAUUGACCACAGGUGUUUUAAAUCUAUCGAAAGACAAAAAUACAUACGGACAAACGAACAGUUUACAUUUAGCAGAUUUACACACGUGGACUGCGCAGUCAUUACAUCAUCUAGGAUUACAGUUCAGUGCUUUUUCACCAAAAACUUGUCAUAAUUUUGUGUUAAACAAACAUUGCACUAGUCUCCAAGAUAAAGGACUUCACAGUCCAAACAGUUUAUUGAAACAAACUACAAGUUAUGGACUCAAUUUAGAAGUGAAAAAUAAAGACAUUCAUAAUACAAGUUCUGAUUCCCGGCGGGAAUCAUGUGGUUCCGACGGAGAAAGUAUUAAAAGCAGUCCGGCGACCAGCCCAGCCGGCAGUCCGGGCUCGAGUCCAAACUCAGAGUCUGGGCAAAAACAACAAGAUGAAAAGUUAUGGCCGGCUUGGGUAUACUGUACAAGAUAUUCCGACAGACCUUCUGCAGGUCCACGUUCAAGAAAGCUUAAGCGAAAAGAGAAGACAGUCGACGAAAAAAGACCAAGAACAGCGUUCACAACCGAACAGCUCCGAAAACUUAAAGAUGAAUUUGAGGCUAAUAAAUAUUUGUCUGAGAGCAGACGACAACAGCUUGCACGUGAAUUAAACUUAAAUGAAUCACAGAUAAAGAUCUGGUUCCAAAAUAAGAGAGCAAAGAUAAAGAAAUGUACCGGAGACAAGAACGGACUUGCAAUGGAGCUUAUUGCACAAGGACUAUACAAUCACAAAACAGUUCCGGUCAAACUUGAAGCAUGACGUUUCAGAUGACGUCACAUCACGUGACACUUGUGACAUUGAUCAUCGUAUCAUGUACAGCGGAUGGAAUAAUCAAUUAAUUAACUACGAAAUGUUUUAAUUGAAUGUUAGUUGAACAUGAAAAAGUGCAAAGGUCUGAUUUCAUGACAAUUCAUGCCGGCACUUACCCGGAUAUAGAUGCGUAGUCAUGGUAACCAAUGACGUCACAUGUCUCAUAACGAAAAUGCUACGCAUUACUAUCCUAUGACAACACUUGUCCAAAGAAUUUCGAUUUGUAAAAUAUUUUCCGUUUGUAUAAAUUUCACAUCUUUACGCUUGAAGUAUCCAAAUAACACGUGUAAAAUGUAAAUAUUCACGGACUACGAAUUCCAAAUAAUAUUGACCCAGUAACUUGCAACAUUUCUCUGUAAUUUAUUUAUGUAGUUCCUACGUUCUAGAAUAUAUUUAUAUGUUACUCUUUUAAGUCUUCUAGUUCAUAGUAAAAGACACUAAAAGUACACACGUUUGAUUUCUGAACGACAUCGUUUCCAGACUCUCUGAUUCAGCAGACGGUACUUUUUAUUAUCUACAAAAAAAGAUGGCAUCCAUUUUUUUUAUAAUUGUUGUGAAAUGAUUGAAAGACAGUAAUUGCCUCGGCCAACAGAAAUCUAAUUAUUUAAUGUACAGGACUUUUCAGAUUUCUCAGUUAUUUUUCAACAAAAAAAAUUACAUUUUCUAAUGAACUUUUUUGAAAAGCAUCAUUUUCAUUUUUAUAAAAAAAGUAGCAUUUAUUUUAAUUUUAAAGGCAUUUGAUCACUACAAUUUUGCUUUAAGUCUUGACUGCUGUGAAAAAUAUCCGUUUUCCUUUCUUAUUAUAUACUUUUUUGUAUUUAAGAAGUGAAAAAUAACAUUGCAUCAAACAUAGGGAGUUUAUUUAAAAUAGAUAUAUCUUUACCCCCAGUAUAAAUGAGAUUAAACAAACACAACAUCUUGUUAAAUUAUUAUGUAACAUAUACUUUAGCAUUUCUUUAUUCAAAAUAUGGCAAAUAUUUGUGUUAAUUAGAACAGAACAACAUUGAUAACAUAUCUAUUUUUGUCAUCGUCUUUUGUAUUGCAUCCUUUGUUUAUUUCUGGAAUCAGGCGAGUAACAGUCCCCGACAAUAAAAGUGCUAAAACCCGAA